CCGUCAUUCAGCAGCAUCAGAACACGACAUUGAUACCGGACGCGCCCAGAGGACAUCUCCGUUCAUCUUCAACAUUAAUAUUAAUAUUAGUAUUACAAACUGUAGUGUUUACAAGUGUUACUGUAUUUAUACAAUAUUUAUGAUUAAUUUACUUUAUUAAUAUUUAUUGGUUAUCUAUUACGGUACAUUUUUGAAGGAUCAAUCGUUAUCGGUUCUGUAAUUGAUCACUGGAACAUUCUUCACGACUGGGAGGGUUUGGUCAUUUCUUUAUUCCAUUCAUACCGGAGCUGAAGAAACGGAUUUUUCUUCUUUAAUUCAUAAGACUGAACAAAACCCCUGCAAAUCCAAAGAUGAGUCGUUUUGAACACGCUCCAGACAUGGACACCAGUUCCAACAGCAACGAGUACAAAAGUUAUCAGCACUGUCCCACCAAAGUCCCCUUCAGCGGAAUGAGCAACGCCCUUACAAAUACAAAGAUGAGUCGUUUUAACAUCGCUCCAGAGAUGGACAGCAGUAGUUCCAACAGCAACGAAUACACAAGUUAUCAGGACUGUCCCACCAAAGUCCCCUUCAACGGACUGCAGUAUACCGACGUGGACGCCGAAAGUCAGAACUUCCUCUCUGAUCAUCACUUGGGCAAGAAGAAGUAUGAAGCUGAAUAUAGCCAAGGCUCGGCGUCGUUCGGAAUGUCAGUGUUUAACUUGGGCAACGCCAUCAUGGGAAGUGGAAUACUAGGACUCUCCUAUGCCAUGGCUAAUACUGGCAUCGCCAUGUUUGUGAUCCUGCUGGUUGCCGUGGCCAUUUUCUCCCUGUACUCGGUCCAUUUGCUGCUCAAAACGGCCAAUGAAGGAGGGUCUGUGGUGUAUGAACAGCUGGGGUACAAAGCGUUCGGGAUUCCAGGCAAACUGGCAGCAUCCUGCUCUAUCACCAUGCAGAACUUUGGAGCAAUGGCGAGCUACCUCUACAUCGUGAAGUACGAGCUGCCCAUCGUCAUUAAGGCCUUCUUAGACGCCAAUGACAAUGCGUGGUACACUAAUGGAGAUUAUCUGGUUCUAAUAGUCACCGUCAGCAUCAUACUGCCACUCUCGCUGCUUAAAAACCUGGGUUAUCUUGGAUACACUAGCGGUUUCUCUUUGUUGUGUAUGGUGUUCUUCGUCAUUGUGGUGAUCUACAAGAAGUUCCAGAUCCCCUGUCCACUACCCGAGAACCUCAUUAACAUCACAGUGAACGUCUCUCAGCCGCAGGUCAACACUACUGAAGAAGAGUGCUGCAAACCCAAGUACUUCGUCUUUAACUCACAGACUGUGUACGCGGUUCCCAUUUUGACCUUUGCAUUUGUGUGCCACCCGGCUAUCCUGCCCAUGUACGAGGAGCUCAAAGAUCGUUCCCGGAAGAAGAUGCAGAACGUUGCGAAUGUGUCGUUUCUGGGAAUGUUUGUGAUGUAUCUGUUGGCUGCUCUGUUCGGAUACCUGACCUUCAACGAGGCCGUUGAACCCGAGCUCCUGCACACUUACUCAAAGGUCUACAAUUUUGACUUGGUGCUUCUGAUCGUGCGUUUCGCCGUCCUGACCGCCGUGACGCUGACCGUGCCCGUGGUUCUCUUCCCAAUCCGCACCUCAGUCAACCAUCUCCUCGGCGCCUCUAAAGACUUCAGCUGGCCGCGUCACAUCUGCAUCACCGUCGCCCUGCUGGUCUGCGUCAACAUCCUCGUCAUCUUCGUUCCCACCAUCAGAGACAUUUUUGGAUUUAUCGGUGCGUCCGCUGCUGCUAUGCUCAUCUUCAUCCUGCCUUCGGCCUUCUACAUCAGACUGGUGAAGAAGGAGUCCAUGAAAUCCGUCCAGAAGAUCGGGGCGUUGUUGUUCCUCAUCAUGGGCAUCGUAGUGAUGAUCUGCAGCAUGACUUUGAUCGUCCUGGACUGGAUCCACAACGCAGGAUCUUCAGACGACCACUCCGACGGCCACUAGUGGGCGUGUCUUAACGCUAAUCGUCAGGCAGAAGGGGGCGGAGCCGAUCCGCUGACUCUGCAACUGAGAACUAGAAGAAGCUGCUCUAAUUUCAGCGCAGAGCAAAGACAAACAUCCCAUUCUGAGAGAAUGUCCUGAACUUUGUACAGUAUGCUGUUAGGCCACACAGAUGGUGAUCCACUCGUAUUGUUGUGCUUCUUUUUUUUUUCUUCAGUUUUUGUUGUCGAUUUGCUUUCCUUUUUUGUGUCGUUCUUCCGGUACAGCUGAGUUUCGGUGGUACGUCGCACAGGAGCGUGUGCGUCAUUCACCGUUUUCAGGUUUAGUACUCGCAACCAAAACCGUACUGAUUUCACCAUCAACAGCGAACGGAGACGCAUCUUCGACAUCCGUUCGCACCUUUGCCAAAAAUAUCAGUGUUUGUAUGUGGAAAAGCACUUAAUCUUUUCAGCACAUGUGAAGAAACUGUAAUUUCGCACAUUUUGGCUGUGCUUUAAGCGCAUUUGUUACAAUGCCAUUUUUAUACUGUACUACUUGAGUCACCUUUACCUGUCGUGUAGAUCUACUAAUGAACAAAUAUCGAUCGGUAGUUGUUGAUUUCAGGCAGGUGGAACGGCUGAAUGAAUUUACUGUAACUUAUUUAAACCCAGACGACUGCGAAGGGCUUUAAAGUCAACGCCAUCUCAUGUUCUACGCUGCAAAAAAAUGAAUUUCCUACUCAGUGUUUCUGUCUUGUUUUCCAGCGCAAAUAUCUAAACAUUCGCAAAUCAAGCAAAAUGACUGAAGAUUUUAAGUCUUAUUCACUGAAAAAUGCAUCGGAAUUAAGGGGGGUUUUGCAAAAAAUAUUUCAGAAAAGUAAUCUCGUUAAGUUCUCUGUUUUCUGAUUAGAUAUUUGUUCUUGUUUUAAGCUUAAACGCACUUCAUUCUGAUACAUUUUCAUUAAAAAAAUACUCAUCGUUUUGAUAUUCGCAUUGGAAAACGAGACUAAAAUACUGUUUUUUUGCAGCGAUUCAUCAUUGCACGUUAUCUGAAAUCACUGUUAAACUGACAUCACAUCAAACUGAUGUUUACCACUAGUCAAAUAACUAUUUAAUCGUUGUUUUAGACUCUAAAAAUCGUAUUUAAUAAACUAAAGGUUACGACAGUAAUAGUGAAUAAUGAUUGAAUAUCCUGUUUCACGGUACGUUAUGGAAGUAGAAUGAGUCGCUAAUGUGUUUCACGUUGACUUUAAAGCUUCAUGGUGUGAUUGUCACACUGAAUCAAAUGGCAGAACGUUGUUGCCGAGGGAAAUGAGACCGUUAGUGUUUAACUUGACUUACCAUUUCAGUGUUUGCCAUCGGCAGCUUGAACGAGAGACAGACAGACUGACGGGGAGUGUGUGUCCUUCACUAAUCAGCUGUUAUCAGUGUGUUGAAUUGAUAGGUCACAUGACCACACUCACACACACUCACACACACACACCUCACUGUGCUUCCAACAGCUAAACCUCAUGUGUCAUCCAACCUGUUACUCUCCAGCCGUUAUUUAUGGAAAAACAUCAGUGUAAUUUAAUCUAUUUUACUAUAUUUAUAUAUCUAUAUAUAUAUAUAUAUAUAUAUAUAUAUAUAUAUAAUAUAUAUAUUGUAUAUAUGUGUAUAUAUCACAAAAUGAAGUGUAUAUAUGCUGUCAUUUCUUCUUUUUUUUUCUGUUUUCUUUUCUUCAAUUUUGCUCAAUAUGUUUGAAAUAUGAAAAUGGCUUUAGAUGUCCCUCGGUGUGUGUCGGGGCCCUGAUCGGCCCCUCUUCAUCGGGCUGUGAAUGUCAAACUGAGCGCAAGGUUCAGCCCCGACACACACACACACACACACACACCUUUUACAUUACUACUAAAUGCUGUAGUCGAAGUGGAGAGGGGUGAAGCGCUCCUCAUGUACAAGAGGCCAUUCCUGCGAAUGAUACGCUCUUGUUUCAAUGAAACACUAUGUAUAUCAUGUAAUUAAUGUCUAUUAAAGGUUCAAGAUAACCCA